GUACUAUUUUACCGGUAGAAAAAAUGAUCUUAUUUGUAAUUGUACUGUAAAAGAAUUUGGUUUUAAGUCCUAAAUAAAGCUUGGCUUGGUGUGUAAACCGCUACUGCAUCUGAGGCCGCGAAGCCGUGGAGCGAGGGUUUUGUUUCAUUGUGCUUAGGCGGCGUCGCCGGUGACUGAUCUUGGAAAUCUUUUCUGUUACUUAAUUCACACAAAACGAUACAUACCAAUGAAAAGGGCACUGCCGUGGAGUGACAAUGAAGAUGAUUCUUCCUCUGAUGAAUCAUCAUCAGCUUCAGAAACUGAUCGUGGGUCUUCUAAGUCUGCCAAGAUUAAGCCAAAGGUGAAAUCUGGGAACAACCGCAAGACUACCUCUACGGUUGAUUUUGAUGCAUUGAAGAGAUAUGGGUAUAAAGGUGGACCAUCAGUGUUGAGUGUUCCACCCCCAAAAGAGCCAGAAGAGCAGAACUGGUCUUGGUCUAGUGGUAAGGAGAAACGUGAAGCCAAGGAGAGUGAGGAGUCUUUUCAAGAAAGGCAGAAAACCAGAGCUGCCUUAGUGCAGGGAGAACAGCUUCUUGGUGUACUGACUAGGCAGGAAAAGGAGAGUUUGAGGGAGAAAGAGAGAGAGAAGAAGAAUGUUUCUUUCUCUCAGAAGGAAAAGAGGAAAAGAGAACUUGGUCAGGCAACCAGGGGAAAAAACUAUGUUGAAGAAGAGAAAAGAUUGCUGAGAGAUAGUGGUAUAUACUCUGGUUUUGAUUCUUGAUAUGGAAAAGAGGAAAAGAGAACUUGGUCAGGCAAGCAAAGGAAAAAACUAUGUUGAAGAAGAGAAAAGAUUGCUGAGAGAUAGUGGUAUAUGCUCUGGUUUUGAUUCUUGAUAUGCAUUGCAUUGCUUGAAUUUAUGACAGAAUUCUUGUUAACUUUGGGGUUUCUGGGUUAUUUUUUCUUGUAGGAUUUGCUAUGUCAGUGAGUUAACCCUUGUAAAUUUGCUUCAUGUCUCUUUGUAUUGUAAUUUACCAAAACAGCAGUCUGAUAUUUGUGACAUGGGCCGUAACGUAAGAUGCUGGUUUUUUUUCCCUUUAUAAGUCAAAUGGAGACAGAACUUUAGACCCGUUA